GCCCUUGCCAUGGAGUCCAUGUUUGAAGAUGACAUCAGCAUCCUGACCCAGGAGGCACUGGGGCCCAGUGAGGUGUGGCUGGAUGCCCCCGGAGACCCCUCGCUGGGGGGGGACAUGUGCUCCGCCUCCCACUUCGCCCUCAUCACAGCCUAUGGGGACAUUAAAGAGCGCCUGGGAGGUCUGGAGAGGGAGAAUGCCACCCUCCGCCGCCGUCUCAAAGUCUAUGAGAUCAAGUACCCGCUGAUCAAUGACUUUGGAGAGGAGCACGGCUUCUCUCUGUAUGAAAUCAAGGAUGGCUCCCUGCUGGAGAUGGAGAAGGUCAGCCUACAGCAACAGCUCAACCAGUUCCAGCAUGAGUUGCAGAAGAAUAAGGAGCAGGAAGAACAGCUUGGGGAGAUGAUCCAGGCUUAUGAGAAACUUUGCGUGGAGAAGAGCGACCUGGAGACAGAGCUGGGGGAGAUGCGGGCCCUGGUGGAGACCCACCUGCGGCAGAUCUGCGGCCUGGAACAGCAACUGCAGCAGCAGCAAGGCCUCCGGGACGCCGCCUUCUCCAGCCCCAGCCCCCCGCCCGCCCCUGCCCCACCAUGUGCUGAUCUGGACCUGCACUACUUGGCACUGAGAGGGGGAUCUGGCCUGAGUCACGGCUGGCCGGGCCCCGCAGCCAGCGUGAGUGAGCUGGAGCGGCGGCGGUUGGAAGAGGCUCUGGAGGCUGCCCAGGGCGAGGCCCGGGGGGCUCAGCUUCGGGAGGAGCAGCUCCAGGCUGAGUGCGAGCGGCUGCAGGGGGAGCUGAAGCAGCUGCAGGAGAGCAGGGCCCAGGAUCUUGCGUCCAACCAGUCAGAGCGGGACAUGGCGUGGGUAAAAAGAGUCGGGGAUGAUCAGGUGAACUUGGCGCUGGCUUACACGGAGCUGACAGAGGAGCUGGGCCGGCUGCGGGAGUUGAGUUCCCUGCAGGGGAGGAUCUUGAGGACUCUGCUGCAGGAGCAGGCCCGGAGCGGCGGCCCGGCCCCGCAGCCCCGGCCCCCGCCGCCCCCGCCGCCGGGCGAGAGGACGGCGGCCGAGCGCGCCUACGCCAAGCCGCCCAGCCACCACGUGAAGGCCUGCUUCCAGGGCCGCCGCAGCUACUCGGAGAUGGCGGAGGGCGCGGGCUACGCGGGCGCCUCCCCGGCCUGGCUGCAGGCCGAGGCGGCCACGCUGCCCAAGCCGCGGGCCUACGGGGCGAGCGAGCUCUACGGGCCCGGCCGGCCGCUCAGCCCGCGGCGCGCCUUCGAGGGCAUCCGGCUGCGCUUCGAGAAGCAGCCGUCGGAGGAGGAGGAGUGGGCCGUGCCCACCAGCCCUUCCAGCCCCGAGGCGGGCACCAUCCGCUGCGCCUCGUUCUGCGCGGGCUUCCCCAUCCCCGAGUCGCCCGCCGCCGCCGCCUACGCCCACGCCGAGCACGCGCAGUCCUGGCCGUCCAUCAACCUGCUGAUGGAGACUGUGGGCUCAGAUAUCCGCAGCUGCCCCCUCUGCCAGCUCGGUUUCCCUGUUGGGUACCCAGAUGAUGCCCUCAUCAAACACAUUGACUCCCACCUGGAGAACAGCAAGAUCUAGGGUGCGUCCCCCACCCAUUGGCUGUUUGUCCAUCUUCUCUCAUCACCCCCAAACACUCACUCACUUUGAAUGCUGCAUGAAUCUCGUGGGGGGCCCCUGCCCCUUGCGACCCCCAGAUACCUCCACUAGCUACCGAGUCAACGUGUGUGCCGUCUUCCCUGGUCUAGGCACCACUCAGCCCUGGCUCUUCCUGGAAGGCCAGCCGAGGUUCUUCCCAGCUCCCUGGCUUCUGCUGGGGGUGGGUGGGGAUCUGGGCUGGGAUGGGGAGGGGCAUACCCCACCCAGCCUCUCCCUUUGCCUUUCUGUUCUCAAGACAGGGUUGGAUCCAAGAAGGUGUCUAGUGCUUGGGCCUGGGGGAGGGGGAGGGUAUCAGAGGACUCUGGGAGCUCCCCUAGCCUCUCCCCAGAUGUCCAUUUUUCUCAGGCUCUGCUCUGUCCAAGGAGCACCUCCCUGUGGGGUCCCAGAGCCUGCCUUGCACGCUGAUACCAGUUCCUCCAUCCCAUGGCCAGCUCGGGGCUCUUGGCACGCCCCCCACCCUUGGGGGAAGGAGGCAUCUUGUUUCUUGCCAUUCCCUGCAGGCCAGUCUUGUUCUCCUCCUCUGCUCCCCUGGGGAAUAGGGAGGGUGGGAGUGGAGAGGGAGGACCCUACAGGACUGGGAGGAUUCAGCCUAAAGAGGCUGCCCGGAGGGCAGGGGGUGCGGGGGUCAUCCUGCACCAUGACCCCCAGGCCAGGGGAAUAUCUGUGCUAGCCUCCCAGGCCCCCGCAUCCCCCUGGAGCCCCUGCCCCAAGACGCAGAUUUGUUAAGAUAGAUGCUCCCCUCCACCCUUACCCUACUCGAGUCCCUGACACCACAGGUGCCCUGGAGCCAGUGUGUGACUUGGCCUCGGUUAGCUGGGUGGGUGUCAUCAGCCCUGCCUCCCAGGCCAGAACCUGCGGAUGGGCCCAGGGUGCUGUUGGAGAUCAACUUCAAAAGAGCUAACCCCCUUCCUGUACCCCAGCGACCCACAUUCCCUCUGUGAAAUCUACCUCAGAGUCGUACCCUCAGAAGGAUGGGUAAGCAGGAGGCCAGGGGGUCCCCAGGGCUGAGGUGGGGAGCUUCCUACGGCAAGAGCCUGCUGCCCCACGAUGAAUCCAACUCCCCCCCCACCCCCGCUCCCCACUGCGAGCCUCUCCCAGGUCUCAGCCCUGGGCUGGUGGCAGUGGGUGCUACCGUCAGUGCAUGUACCAUUCUGAUCCAACACUUCCAGGCCCCCCCGCCUCGUCACACCCCUCCCCUCCUCCUCAGCGCAGGGGAGUGAAGAGGUGUGUCAGGCAGGAAGGGACCAAGGACUCCAGAGACACAUGGCAUUGUAUCUUGAGUGUUCCCUCCUGGGAGGGGAAAUGGGAAAGGGGGCCUGGAGAGGGAGGUGGGGGCCCCUGAGCUCUCUGAACAAGUUGAAAGUCCAAAUAAAACUUACC